AGGCCAUGAAAUUCGAUAUAGUGGAUGGCAUGGCCUCAUGUGCAAGCAAAACAAUUGUGCCCAUCAGCAUGUCAAGGAUAUCCAAUACUUCACGCUGGGCUGGACUGGCUUCGCACACGAUGGUAUGACCGUUCUAAACGUACCCAAGCUGGACAGGAGGUUAAUUGCGUUUUGCCCAAAUAUUUCAGCCUUGAACACCGUCGCAAGGAUGAGGUAAUCAGAUUCCAUCAACCUUGAUGAAAAGAUAGCAGCGUACGCGUACGCGUUGAAGGGCGAAGGGCGAGUCUAGCCUGAAGAAGACACCAUCAUACACCUUCGACGACUUCAUUUUUGUACCCAUCACCAGACACUCCUCCUGCAUGUCAUUGCCUCGGUCGUUCCAGGAAGUUCCUUUUAGCUUCCCCCGCUCGUUCAUUCGACAUUCAGCUGAAGGCCGCAGUCAGGCUGCCUGAACUUCUUAUGCAGGUCAGCCAAAUACGAGAAUCGAACCAGGGUGCUAUCUCAGCUCGGCUGUUUUCCGCCAUGUCUCUUUCCCUCCUCGCGCCCGUCCGCCUGAACGUGUGUCUACAGAUAAAAUAACGAUGAAAAUUCCCACCAGAGAUGUCGCGUGUCCCCUUUCCUAUUGCAGGAAGACACUCAUCAACGACUCUCAUAAAUCUCCCAGUCCAGAUUGGAAAAAAUGACACCCCAGUCUCGACCGCCGACAGUCUACCUUAUCCGCCACGGCGAGAAACCACCCAAACUUCCCAACGGCGACGACCAAGACGGUCUGUCUACUCUGGGCGUUGAUCGCUCCCAAGCGCUUGUCAAGGUCUUCGGCCGCAAGAGUAAGUAUGAUAUCGGAUACAUCAUCGCGCAGCAUCCGAAGGACGAUGGCGGCCAAGACCGUCCAUAUCUCACGAUGCGCCCACUCGCCAAAUCCCUCAAACCGGACGACGUCGACUUCAACCACAAGAUCCACCGUGACGAUGCCAGCGGAGUCGCUCAAGCCGUUCAGGAGUAUAGUGGUCCUGGAAACGUGCUGAUUUGCUGGGAGCAUCACCGCCUUGGGGCUAUUGCAAAGGCGAUUGGCGUGAAGGUUGCGCCAGAGUAUCCUGAGAAUCGGUUCGAUGUUAUUUGGACGAUUGAGGCGCCGUACGACAAAAUCUCCACCAUUACCUCGGAGCACUGUCCAGGAUUGGAUGAUGAGUUCGCGAACGAGCCUUGAAUGCUACUACGCAUGGCAUGUACCUCCCGAAAACCGCAGCGGUUCUCGUUGAGAAGUGCCCUUGACGUUGGAUUAAAAGGAAGAGAACAUAACUCCACACGGGUGCGAGUUUUGAGCUUGUCUUGAGAUCUCAGAGAAGGUGUGAAAGAAUGUAUCAAUAAAAGCUGGCGAGCACCCAGAAGAGGUCUACAUGUUCGCUCAUCACUCGCAACAAACACUACAUUGUGAGACGUGUAAUGGGUUAGUCGGAGCCUGCAGCAAGUUCAGGCAAGCUUCAAUCAUCCCACUGCUUGCAACCCUCCAAAGCACGCAUCAUGGCCCUGCUGAUACUUUUCUCCUCGCACAAUUUGGUCCACUCCUCCUUUCC